ACCACAGUCACCACACCCCCUAAACCCCCACGCCUACACCACUGAACACAUCGACGCCCAUGGGCACUCCGGUACAACGAACCGGGAAACGAAUAAACAAAUGGGUCAACAAUGUAUCUACAAUGUAUCGACAUCCGGCCAAAUGCUGACACUAACAUCAGCAGACCAGACGGCAAGAAUGCCGAUGUAGCAUAAGAACCUAGCAUAACCCUUAUAUAUAAGAACUAUGUACUUAGAUUUGGAGGCUCCUUGAGAAGAACGAAAGAAAUAUAGAAUCACUCUUAAGUUUGAACCCAAAGCGUGAAGUUGUGUUACUGAAUCCCAUACAAGUGCCUGAACAAAAUCUCAUGCAAAGUGCCGACAGCCGACUAUAAGCGAACCACCCAACAUCUUUACUGCUGUUAUAUUCACCUCCCAUCAUUCGGCCCGAAUGGUAACUGGCGCAGCCGGUAGGAUGCUUUCCUACAUCUAUACAUUAACUUACCUGUUCACCAUUCCAACAAUUUAUGCUAUUUCUAUACAACCCCUGACUAAUAAUACCCCCAUAGCAAAAAUAGAAUUGGGGCAAGCCCUUAUUAUAAAUAGAUAUAAGAGAGUUAGCCAUGUUAUUAACCUGGAAGAAUUUAGUAAAUGUAUCGAACAAUUUCCUAAAACACUCCAGACAUUUAAAUAUGAUGACACCCUAAUAGAUUCCCUAGCCAUACUAAAAUCCAAACUAGGACAGGCCCAAACAAAACUUAAUGCAUUAACCCCACUCAAGAGAAACAAACGCGGAUUAAUUAAUGGAUUUGGCAGUCUCGUGAAAGCUGUCACGGGCAAUAUGGAUGCCGAAGACGCCAGAGAAAUAGGUAAAGACAUCGAAAAUAUUAAAAUAGCCCUUUCGACCGUUAACACAAAUUACCAAACUCAAGAUGUAUUCAAUAAUGAAAUUUUAAUUAGAUUCGAGAACAUUACAAAUCAUAUUAAUAAUGAACAAGUUCUAAUAACAACAUUCUUUGAAAAUAUGCAAAAUAAAAUUUAUAAAGAAGAAAAUACCUUGGAAAAAUUACAGUAUAUAAAUAGGAUUAACUAUAACUUAGAAUUACUACUUAAUCACUUGAACGAUAUAAUUGAAAGCAUGUUAUUAGCUAAAAUAAAUGUAAUACCUAGAUUUAUAUUAACCGAACAAGAAAUAUAUAAAAUUAAAAUGUUACUGGAAAAUCAAAAUAUUACGAUAAAAAGCGAACAACACAUUUACGAUUUGUUAAAAAUGAACACGUUAAGCUACGAAAAUAACAUAAUUUUUACUAUCCAAAUACCUAUUUUUGAAAAAGAUAAUUACAAAAUAGCCAGAUUAAUUCCCUUACCAAUUAAUAAUAAAUACUUUGUUAUGAUCCCUAACUAUUUAAUAUAUAAGAAUAAUGUUAAUAAGUACUACUUGACUCAAAACUGCCCCAAAGUAGACGACACGUUUAUAUGCAACAAAGACGCAUACAUCAACACACCGCAAAAUGACACCUGCACUCAACAAUUAUUGGAUUCCAAGAACAGCUCCUGCGAUGUGCAAGAGAGAGGCCCUGUUGCAGACGUAUUCGAGGCGGAAAAAGGCUAUAUUUUCGCAUUCAACGCCAAUAACCUGAAGGCUCAGCUAAAAAACGGUAGCGAAAUCACUAUAAAUGGCUCAGCUAUCAUCAAAUACGUGAACGAAACUAUACGCAUCAAUGGCAUAGAGUACGACAACGGAGUUGAGACAACCUUUGAGCACUUAGACCUAAUCCUACCCCCCCUUAAGGAAAUGACCAGGAAUAAAACUGUGGAAAUACUGAGUUUACAAAACAUUCACCUAGAGGCCAUAGAAACAUCAAAUAAGAUUCUGACUAUCCACCAAACCGCCACACAACACGCUUGGACCCUUUACAUUCUACUGGGUUUCGUCGCCAUCCUCACUGUUACUGCAUGGCUGCAUCGACGCACAAAACACGUAUUCCACGUACAGGAUCACAAUCACCACCUGCCUAUUUACGCUCCAGCAAUACCUUCGCUAUGGCCGUCGCUGCAAACUGGGGAGGGAGGAGUUACCACAGUCACCACACCCCCUAAACCCCCACGCCUACACCACUGAACACAUCGACGCCCAUGGGCACUCCGGUACAACGAACCGGGAAACGAAUAAACAAAUGGGUCAACAAUGUAUCUACAAUGUAUCGACAUCCGGCCAAAUGCUGACACUAACAUCAGCAGACCAGACGGCAAGAAUGCCGAUGCAGCAUAAGAACCUAGCAUAACCCUUAUAUAUAAGAACUUUGUACUUAGAUUUGGAGGCUCCUUGAGAAGAACGAAAGAAAUAUAGAAUCACUCUUAAGUUUGAACCCAAA